CCUGUGACACCACUUCCUGUCUCCGGGUUGUCUUUAAGUGUGCCCCUGCAGGACUUGCUCGUGCACAUCGAGGAGGAGUCUGCCGAUGGACUUCCAGUAGCUGCACGGCCGCCGCCUUCUCCGCGCUCCCCUCGUCCUCCGCGCUCCUUUCCUCCCCCUCCCUCCCUUUGCUUUCUUCCUCCCAUCAUCAUCAUCACCAUCAUCUGCAGCAGCAGGAGCAGCAGCAGCAGCAGUCCAGUGCCUCCCGGACCUAUGAAGAAAGCGCCCCCUCUCAUCCUCCCCAUCAGUCUGAUCAUCGGCACCACCCUGCCAGCCACGAUGGGUUGCAAGCGCCACGCUACCUUGUUGUCUUGAUAUCGAGAUAUUUCAAUCAUCAAAUAUGAAUCAUGCGUUUGAUAUUUCUGGACACUUUGCUCGUCAGCAUCCUCACGCUUUGGCUUCACGCAUCACCAGCGUCAUCCGCUUCUCACAGUGCAGAGGACAAGGUUGAGAGGGACGCAGUGCCGGUGAAGCAACAGGCGACUGCAGCACCCGUUUCGAAAAACACAGGCCACCAUGCAACCGAGCAGGUGAUCGCCUACCCAUCUCGCCUCAUCUACUACCUAAACGAGGACUCUGAGAGUGCCUAUCAUGACCUGGACACGCGGGCCAGGAGCCAAGCCGCAGAGGGUCAGUCGAUCCACCUUGCUCAGGUCAGCUUCCAACUCGAUGCUUUCGGCACCCGAUUUGUUCUGGAUCUAACCUUGAACAAUGACCUGCUCUCUUCAGAUUAUGUUGAGAUCCAUUACGAGGGGGAUAAACCCGUCCUAUCAAAGGGCGGCGAGCACUGUUACUACCACGGGCAGGUGAGAGGCAACGAUGACUCCCGCGUGGCCUUAUCUACCUGCAACGGGCUGCAUGGGAUGUUUGACGACGGAGCCUAUGUGUAUCUAAUUGAGCCACUGCAACAGACUCAUUCGCUCGAUGGAGCUGGACGGCCUCACCAGCUCAGAAGAGCUGCCUCGUUUCAGUGGAAAAAUGAGUCACAGCAACUGGCGGAGGAGGAGAGGCUCUUCUCGGAGCUGGAUGACUUGUCCUGGCUGAAGCGGCGGAAAAAGCGAGCCAUAUCUGUAUUUGAGGAGAUGAAAUACUUGGAGAUCAUGAUUGUCAGUGACCACAGUAUGUACAAACACAAAACCAAGCAGCACACCAGGAAUUUUGCCAAGUCUGUGGUGAAUCUUGUGGAUGCUGUCUUCAAAGAGCAGCUGCAAACACGUGUGGUGCUGGUUGCUUUGGAGAUCUGGACGGACAAAAAUCCGAUUCCGAUCAGCGUGCGGCCGCUGGAAAUGCUGCGUGAUUUUUCCAAGUACCGUCAGCAGAGCAUCAAGCACCAUGCAGACGCCGUACAUCUCUUCUCAAAUGUGACCUUUCACUAUCGCAGAAGCAGCGCAGCCUACUUUGGAGGCAUGUGUUCUGUGAGCCGGGGGGUUGGCGUCCAUGAGUACGGCAACACCUGGUCCAUGGCUGGCUCUUUAUCUCAGAGCCUGGCUCAGAACCUGGGCAUCCAAUGGGACCCUGCAUCAAAGAGAAAGGAAUGCGGUUGCACUGACUCGUGGACCGGCUGCAUAAUGGAGGACACUGGUGUCCAACACCCUCGGAAAUUCUCCAAAUGCAGCAUUUCCGACUACAAGGACUUUCUCCUUAAAGGCGGAGGCUCGUGUUUGUUUAAUAGGCCCACAAAGUUGUUCGAGGGCAACGAGUGCGGGAACGGAUUUGUGGAAGUGGGCGAAGACUGCGACUGCGGCGCGAGAGCUGAGUGCUACAAGGGAUGCUGCAAAAAGUGCUCGCUGGCCAACGGGGCGCACUGCAGCGACGGCCCCUGCUGCAAUACCACGUGCCUGUUCUUCCCACGAGGUUACAGUUGCCGCUAUGCUGUGAAUGACUGCGACAUUUCAGAAACUUGCUCCGGGGACUCUGGACAGUGCCCUCCCAACCUUCAUAAACAAGAUGGAUACCUCUGCCAGGUGAACCAGGGGCGGUGCUACAGUGGAGAGUGUAAGACCAGAGAGAACCAAUGCAGAUACAUCUGGGGGCCAAAGGCCGGGGGCUCGGAGAAAUUCUGCUACGAGAAGUUAAACACCGAAGGCACGGAGAAAGGCAACUGCGGAAGGGACGGCGACAAAUGGAUCCAGUGCAGCAAACACGAUGUCUUCUGUGGUUAUCUCUUGUGCGCCAACAUCGGCCGCAACCCCCGCAUUGGAACGAUGAAAGGAGAAAUCACCCCCACCUCUUUCAACCAUCAAGGCAGGCUGAUAGACUGCAGCGGUGGGCACGUUCUUUUGGACGACGAGACCGAUUUAGGCUACGUGGAUGACGGGAGUCCUUGUGGGCCGUCAAUGAUGUGCCUUGACCACAAGUGUCUGUCCAUCCAGUCGCUCAACAUUAGCACUUGCCCUAUCGGACCCAAUGGACAAGUUUGCUCCGCCCAUGGGGUGUGCAACAACGAAGCCACGUGUACUUGUGACACCACGUGGGCGGGGACAGACUGUAGUAUGCCCGACCCACCUAAAAUCCCCGAGACGACUCCAACUCAAGGGCCCAAGGUGAGCGUGGCCACUAACAGGCUGAUAGGGGCAGUAGCAGGGACCAUUCUGGCCCUGGGGGUGAUUUUUGGAGGCACAGGGUGGGGAAUAGAAAAUGUGAAGAAGCGGCGGUACGACCCCAACGCCACAGCCAUUUAACACUGAAGGGCGCACGCCAUUCGCAGACGGACUCCCCCAAGGCUUCCUUAGUUGGCUACCUGACACCCAGACUGCACUUAUUCCUGCUGACUUUUUUGGCAUUAGAUUUA